AUGCACCCCAGGGAAUACCUGGGUAAGUGUAAGGAGGAUUGUACGCGGCGAACCAGGUGUCACCCUCGACAAGAGGGGGUGCAGCGGGCUGUAAUGGAGGGGGUUCCAGAAGGGGUGCAGGCUGCGAUCCUGAACAACCCAGACUUACUGGGUGCGGACUCCCACGUGUGGGAUAGGCAUGUGAUACACCACCUGCAGCAGGCCAAGGACGAGGCAGGGAAGGAGGAGAGUGACAUUAAAGAGCUACAAACCCAAUUGCUGAAGUUGCAAGUGGGGGAGGCUAAGCAGAAGGCGAACAAGAAUAAAAAGAGGGGGGCUGGGAAGCAGAUGGUGGCAGAGGCGACCACAGGGGGCCCACCCCCACAACCCAUGCCAGGCCAGUGGGGAGGAACGUAUCUCGGUCCGCCCUGCCAAUACAGCGGAGAGGCCCAGGACAGAGGAGAGGCAGAUUCUAUGCUGUCCCUCAUGGUCAUGGACAAAGAAUUGCCAUUUCUGGUGGACACUGGAGCCACAUAUUCCACUCUGAACAUCGUUCCGAAAGGCGAUCAGGUGUCCACCUCCACAGUGACCGUGGUGGGCUUCUCCGGGGAGGAUCUGCCAGUGAGAAAACCAGUGAAGGUUUCGAUUGGAAAACAGACUUUCCUGCAUCCGUUUGUGAUCUCACCCACAGUCCCAGUCAACCUGUUGGGGAGAGACGUUCUAGUGAAGCUGGGGGCCUUCAUACUGUGUAGCGCAGAUGGUCUGGUGGUGACACUGCCGGAAGGCACCCGGCUACAGUGCGGGACUCAAUACCAGGGCAGCGGUCAGUGGCUCAUGCGGCCGGUGCGACCACGUGCUGCAGACAUCUACUGGGGCCUGCUGGAGCCUGGCUAUGGGGGCAUCCUCGGGGCCUACUCGAUGUGGAGGCCCUGGAUCUCACUCCUCGAGCCCUGCGUCUCUCCGCCCGAUCCACUUCAUAAAUCAAGCCAAAGAUUUCGGCCCCAUGGUCAAAAGAGCACGGGAAAAUGA